CACUCGCUUGCUUCACUCGAUCGAUCCUUGAGUUCUGAACACGCCCUGCCAUUGACACCUUUCGAGUUACAACCCAACAACCGGUUGCUAUCUAGCUAGGGAAAGAAGAAAGACCGAACAGUUUGGUGGAUCAUAUCGAUCGCCAUGGCUUUCUGUGGUGGUUUCAUGGAGAAGGCCAAGCCGUACAUCGCCAUGAUCUCCCUGCAGUUCGGCUACGCCGGCAUGAACGUCCUCACCAAGGUCUCUCUUAACGGCGGGAUGAGCCACUACGUGCUGGUCGUGUACCGGCACGCCUUCGCCACGCUCGCCAUUGCUCCCUUUGCUCUCAUCCUCGAGAGGAAGGUGAGACCGCAGAUGACGUGGUCGAUCUUCUUCCAGAUCUUCGUCCUUGCGCUACUCGGACCGGUGAUCGACCAGAAUUUCUACUACGUGGGGCUGAAGUACACCGGCCCGACGUUCGCCUGCGCCAUGAGCAACAUCCUCCCGGCGAUGACCUUCGUCAUGGCGGUGAUCUUCAGGAUGGAGAAGAUAGAGCUGACGAAGCUGCGGUGCCAGGCCAAGAUCUUCGGGACGGUCGUGACAGUGGCCGGCGCGAUGCUGAUGACGCUCUACAAGGGCCCGCUCAUGCACCUGCCAUGGACCAACAGCCACGCGCAGCCCGGCGGCGGCGAGGCCGCAGGUGCCGCCGGCGUCGACCCCACCGCCAGGGAGUGGUUCCUGGGCUCCCUCUUCAUCAUCAUCGCCACCCUCGCCUGGGCGUCGCUCUUUAUCCUACAGACCCACACCAUCAAGAAGUACACCGCCCAGCUCUCCCUCACCACCCUCAUCUGCUUCGUCGGCACCAUCCAGGCCGUCGCCGUCACCUUCGUCAUGGAGCGCCGCGUGUCCGUCUGGACCAUCGGCUUCGACAUGAACCUCCUCGCCGCCGCCUACGCCGGGAUCGUGACGUCGAGCAUCGCGUACUACGUGCAAGGGCUGGUGAUCCAGAAGACGGGACCUGUGUUCGCGUCGGCGUUCAGCCCGCUGAUGAUGAUCAUCGUGGCCGUCAUGGGGUCCUUCAUCCUUUCCGAGAAGAUAUACCUUGGUGCCGUGCUGGGCGCCGUGGUGAUCGUGGUCGGGCUCUACGCCGUGCUCUGGGGCAAGCACAAGGAGACGCAGGAGCAGGAGGCGGACGCCAAGGUGGCGCUGCCGGUGGCCUCCAAGGGACCAGACGGCACCAGCGUCGUGCAAGGAGCUGCUACCGCUGCCGGAGAUGAUGAUGGGAUGAGGUCGGCCUCCAACGGACGUGGAGCUGGAUCGGCUAGUACAGUUUGAUGGACCGGGAACCCCAAUAAUCCAAGCAAGCCCCACCAGCAUUAGUUAGCCACCGGAAGGCCGGUGGCUCGCAUUUUUGUUCUUGUUUUACGAUGUGUGAUGAUCGAUAUGCUACACUUAUUUGUCACUAGUAUACUUAUGUCAUCUCGGAGAGUGAUGUGAUUUGCCUUUCCACUUUACCUCUCUAAUAUAGUAAGUAACCAGCAAAGACCCUGUGUAUCAAUAAUGUUAUGAGAUUCCAAGCAGCUUUAUUACUACUCCCUUCGUAAAGAA